ACGCUUUGUUGGAAAUGGAACAGCUCUUGGGAUAUGCCCCAGACUCAUUUUCCAAAAUUAUUCCGCAAACUGUGCUUCCGUCAUUAUACCCCAUAAUGAAGGGUAUAUCAGAGAAAAAAGAUGCCAUGAGUGAGAACGAGAGACGUAUCGUAGUAAAUAUUUUGAAUCUAGCAUUGAAGAACUUCAAAAUAGAGAAAGAGGGUAUAUUAUUCAAUUUUUACGGAUUCCUACUGAUGGAAUGCUAUGACCAAACUACUCAUAGACUUAAAGAGAUCAGUGAAGAAUAUAAAUUAUCUAUUAUGCAAUGUAUUAUGGCAGUCUCGAGCAGUGUUUCAAAUAAUUUGUUGCCCUGCAUAUACAAAAGGAAUUUGCCCCUAAAAUGAGCAUGGUUGUCUUCGUUGCCUUAGAACUGGCCAGAGCUGAAACAAUGCUAGCAUUAAGGAUUGAAGCUAUGAAAUGCAUAAUGUCGGUUGCAAGGGUGCUAAAAGAUGAAGAAUUUGAGGAUGUAAACAUGCGCUUCCAGAUAUCUGAGCUGUUUAUAUUCUUUUUACCUGGUGUAUCAAAAGGACUUCAUGAAAUCAUCAUGUCAGAUGAAAAAAUAAAUCACAAGGUUCCAAUGAUUGCUUUGAAAGCCUGGGGCCGUGUGACAACUAUGGUGAUGCAAAACUACAACCAUCCUGUUCAAAGAAGCACCUUGCAAGAAGCCAGUAUCCAUGAAGAAUCUUCUAGUAGCACAACUAACAAGCGUACAAUAAAGGAAAAAGUUGACGAGUUAUUUAAAAACACUUCUAGGACUCCAGAAUGGUACAGAGACAAUGAUGAGAAGAUAGAGAAAAUUGUAAAAAGUUUUUGUAAACUUGUAACACACCAACAUCCAAAUGUCCGCUUAGAGUUACUCAAAACUUCUGAACUUAUAUUGAAGAAUUGCCUGAUGUCUAUGCCCAAGUCAGCAAGACAUUUCAUACAAAUUAUCAUAAUCAUGACACAAGAUGUUGAGCCCCCUAUCAGAUCUAGAAGCAAGGAACUUUUAGAAACGCUUGCAAAUACUUGGUCAACAGAAGAAAUGAGAACCAUUUUUGAUUAUAUGGAAGCUGAAUUUAUCAGAACUAUUUAUAACUUGCCAUCUACCUUCGGUGGUCUAGAUGAUGGCAAAAAACUAGCUUCAGUAAACCUUAUUAUUGGAUAUCUGAUUCUGUACAGCAAGUUUGAACUAAUUGAUGUUUUGCUUAAUGUAACCCAUCUGAGAAAUUUGGUCCAUGCAUUGAUGUCAGUUUCUCAAUUGAAGAACUCUGCUGAUGUUUUUGAAACGAAAGAAUCGGGGAAAAUAUUCUAUGAUCCAUAUGAACAAGUUAAAUGGAAACAAUUUGUUCACUAUCGAAAUGAAGCGAUCACAACACAUAUAGAAAAACUAUGCCACCUACUUGGCAGGAAUAACGGUACAUUCAGAACUGUAGUAGACUUCAUCUUAGAUUUUUUCAAUAUCUAUAGAGAUAAUUUUAAAGAAGCUGUGCUUCUUAUGAAUGCAAUUUUGACUAGCUGCGAGUUGAAUCCUGAGAAUAUUGACAUAUUGAAACGUGUAUUGUUCACUUAUAUGGAUCCAACGUUUUUUGACGUGCCGUUGGAAGUUAAAACUGACCACUAUACUUUGGCUGAAAUCCAUAAUAACAUUAUACAAGUUUGUGUCUUGAUGGAAGGUGUUGGGUGUAUAGCUACAAGACUUGGAUUACACUUUAAGAGUAUCUUACAACGAGUCUUGCCUUCAGUUUUUGAGAAAGCUGGAAACAGACAGCCUUAUGUUAGCAGCAUCGGCGUUCUAGUCUUGAAGAACAUCUCGCAAGCAUGUGGUUAUAGUGAUAUUUCAGCAUUGAUAUCGUCAAAUAUUGAUUACAUAUCUUUUCAUUUAAGUCAUCAACAGAGAGCCACAGGCAAAGCAAACCUGUUGCCAGUCAUUUCUAUCAUUUUGAAGCAUACUAGACUAGACGUUUUGCCAUAUGUAUCGAUACUGAUAGAAGAUAGUAUCAAUUCGUUCCAUGAAAAUAAGCAAUUUACCUUAUCAUAUCUUGAAGUAUUCAAUGAGUUUGUGCUAACUUUGCGAAGUUGGUUGGGAAUUGUAACAAAGGUCAAUGAUGUCAAAUCUAGAGAAGAGCGUUAUAAAGAAGCGGAAGGCUUCAAGGUUACUGGAAUUGAAGAACAAGAUGAUUUUUCAGACGAGGCUGUCACGAGAAACUCUGCAGAAGAUAUGCAGAAAAAUCAAGAGGAGCUGCUAAAAGAAGUUGAGGUACCAGAGAUUGCUGAGUAUAAGAAACCUAAACCCCCACUAUAUGUCAGAUUGCUAACUGAUAUAUUAUGCGAGGCACUAAAUUUCAUCCCAUCCAAAAACAAUGAACUUAGACUCAAAGCACUGGAGAUAUUUAUAAAUGGAGUAGAGAUUUUACAAGACUGGGAAGAUGAGCUUUUGCCUAUCGUCCAUAAGGUCUGGUCGCCUCUUGUGGACCAUUUCAAAGAAAUAGACGACCCACUCGUCACCAACUACAGUUUCAAGCUGUUAAUAAUACUUGCCAGAGUUUCUAAGGAUUUCAUACGGUAUAGAACUACCAAGGAAGCUUUGCCACAUAUAUUAGAUUUGUUGGAGAAACUGUCGCGCAAAAGCUACAUGAAGGAUAGAGGAUCACCUUACAGAUACACCCAAACCUAUAAGUUGCAGCUAGCAAUAUUGAAAGAUAUUGGGCAUGUUUUGGUGGACAUGGACAUAAAUGAAAAACAUAUUGGAAAUGUGAUUGAAGUUUUGAGACUUUAUAUGAGUAAUAGACAGCCUGCGCCUUUACGAGAAUUGGCACUUAAGUCGGUAAAUAUGUUGUUCACAUAUGAUUCAAAUGCCGUCAGUUCAAAGUUCAACCAGUGCCAAACAGAUUUUGAGCUUCAUAAGACUGAAUAUUCUGAUUGAUUGCAAACCAUUCAAGGACCAGGGUGAUGUUACCGAUGAUUGAUAAGUCUGCAGUUGAAAUUGGUGA